GGGAGGGUGGGGAGAAGGAGGAGGAGGAGGAGCAGAGUGGAGGCUGGCACUCAGUCUGUUCGCUCGCAGGAGGAAUCAGCAGCAGCAGGACAAUGGACUGUCUCCACAACGGAUCCUAACGGGCGCCGGGCUGUUUCCGACACACUGGAAUAUAAGGAGGUGAAUGUCAAACAGCUCCAGGAUGCUGCUGUCCUCAUCCCUGCUAACCUGCUGUUCACCAGGGGGCAUCUGAUUUACCAAACAUGAUGAAGACUGAGCCCCCGUCGGCCACGGGGGGAAACGGGUCCUCCGGUGGCAGCGGUGGGGGAAGCGGGAGCUCAAACCUACGGAGUCCCUCGCCCCAUCGCAACGCCUACGAGGCGGGGCUGGCGGCGCUCAAAAAGGCCACUGACCACCUCAACAAUGCAGCCAACGGAGCCUCCGACCCUGCCUCAAAGCCCGCUCCUCUGCCCCGCCCAACUGGGAGGGGCCGAAAAUAUGGAUCAAAUGUUCACCGCAUCAAGAACAUGUUCAUGCAGAUGCAGUCUCCUGGUGAUGAGGAGGACGGAGCCAAAAUGAUUGCUUUCCUGUCAUUGUCAGGUAAAGAGCAGGCGGUGAAACUGUCCCUGCCGAGGGCAUCCAGCCUCAACGAGAACGUCGACCACAGCGCCCUGCUCAAACUUGGGGCCACAGUCUCAGAGAGGGUCAACCGUUUUGACUCUAAACCAGGCGCGGAGGGUGGGGGCUCCUCUGUGGGCAUCUCCAAGCUCCAGGAGACCAGGAGGAUCUUCGAACAGCGGACUCUACAGGAGAAGCAAGCUGCCACCAACCGGAUCUUGCUGAAGAAGGAGCGGGCGUCUGGCUUCCAGGACAGCCGUCUAGAUGUUGUGGCUCGCUUUAACGGCUCCACCGAGGCUUUGGACCGGCUGGACGACCCCCCAGCUCCCACUCCCGCUCCCGCUCCUGCUCCUGCUCCCGCUCCCACUCUCGCUCCUGCUACUAUUCCCUCUGCCGCAGCUUCAGUAGGGCCCGGUGACGCCGUCAGCCCCACCGUGAGCCAGCUCAGUGCUGUGUUCGAGAAGGGCGAACUGCAAAACAAUCUCUACCUCCCCCAACGUCGGUCAGGACCUGCCCUAGCACCAAAGCCCAAACCUCCAGCCAGAGCGGAGGCUACCGGAAAGAAGGUGAAGGUGUUACCUACAGAUACGGAGGACCGCGAGGAGGUGGCAGCAAGAGCUGUGAGCAGCCAGGCAGCAGAGCUACCAGAAGUGACAGGUUCUCUACAGCGGAGCAUAGGUGGAGUGAUGGCCAGCGAGGAGAAGGAAGGGUCAGUAGACCAGCUCUCCAACUCUUCCUACUCCUCAUCAUCCUCAGUGGCUGUCACUUCUUCCUCUUCCUCUUCCUCUUCGGAGGUCAAACCAGAGUUGGAGGCCCAGCCAACAGCAACUGAAGCCAGGGGCUCAAGUACAGUGGCUGCCCCAGAGCCGGGACCACAAGCUGAUGAGCAGGACGGCUCCACCGGGGGGUCUGAGGCCGGAGCCAGGCUGGUGCAGGCCGAGGUUCAUGCCUCACUGGAAAAUGGAGAAAAAGAGCCUCCAAGUUCCUCCCUCUCCUCAGAGGACAAAGGAGCGGACUCUGAGAGGAGGGGCAGGGAAGAGGAGGACGAGGAGAAUGAUGAGGAUGGCUCGAGGAAGGACGAUUACUCAGAGGGGGAUCUGGUAGAUAUCAGUGCGUACAGCGGGCUUGGGGAGGAGGACUCUGGGGGAAGCCAGCUAGACGAUGAAGAGGAUGAGGAAGAGGAGGUGUAUCAGCCAGAGACCAGCUGCUCCGAGAUCCCGGGCCUCCCUGAGGAAGAGGAGCCCCCGCCAUCCAAUAGGAAGAUUAAAUUCAGCACUGGGCCAAUCAAGGUCUUCACCACCUACUCUAACGAAGACUACGAUCGGCGUAAUGAUGAUGUUGACCCCAUGGCAGCCUCAGCCGAGUACGAGCUGGAGAAAAGAGUCGAGAAGCUGGACCUAUUUCCUGUAGAACUGGAGAAAGACAGUGAUGGUCUGGGUAUCAGUAUCAUCGGUAUGGGUGCAGGAGCUGAUAUGGGUCUGGAGAAACUGGGGAUCUUUGUUAAGACGGUCACCGAGGGCGGAGCUGCGCAGAGGGACGGCAGGAUUCAGGUAAAUGAUCUGAUAGUAGAGGUCGAUGGGACCAGCCUGGUCGGCGUCACUCAGAGCCUCGCUGCCUCUGUCCUCCGCAACACCACCGGCACCGUCAGGUUUGUGAUUGGUCGGGAGAAGCCGGGGGAGCAGAGUGAAGUGGCUCAGCUGAUCCAGCAGACUCUGGAACAGGAGAGAUGGCAGAGAGAGAUGAUGGAGCAGAGAUACAAACAGUACAUGGACGAAGAUGAAGAGACAGGUGAAUAUGCAACAGACGAGGAGGAGGAGAUGAGUCCAGUGUUUCCAAACUCCAUUGAGGUUUUCGACCUGGCCGAGAACCAGGACAUGUUGUCCCCUGUGGAGCUGGACCCCGAGAAGCUGGCCCACAAAUUCAAGGAGCUCCAGAUUAAACAUGCAGUAACCCAGGCGGAGAUCCAGCUGCUAAAGAGAAAGCUGGCUCAUGCAGAGCAGGAUAAGUUGCGUUGGCGGAUGGAGCGCGUUCAGUUGGAGCAAAACAUCCGGGACAGUAAAGAGAGGAUGGAGAAACUGGAGGGCUACUGGAUGGAGGCACAGUCCCUGUGUAAGGCAGUGGAUGAACACCUGAAGGAAACCCAGGCUCAGUACCAAACCCUAGAGAGGAAAUACAGCAAAGCUAAGAGACUGAUUAAAGAGUACCAGCAGAAGGAGAUCGAGUACCUAAAGAAGGAGACGGCUCAGCGUCGAGCACAAGAAGAGAGUGAGGCAACACACAAAGAGGAGGCGGACAACCUGCAGGAAAAGAUUACAGACCUGGAGACCAAAGUGGAUGCCCUGAAGACCCCCAAACCAUCCUAGACUGCUGUUACUUCCUACCUCCUGUCUGUGACUGGAAGAGGAGGAGCUCUGCCUUCAUUCUGAACUGGGCUGUAUUUUAUUCCAAUCAACCAUUUACUGCACGGACAGGUAGUGGGGAGAAAAAAGAAUAACAAAGAUGACAAUUGUAAAAGAGAUGAAACGAGGAGGGAAACAUACAAAGAGGACAAAAGCAACCUCUCAUCUGACAUCUUGCAGCGGCUUAGAGCUCUGUCAGUCAAUAACCAAUCCCAGAAUGCUCCUUCUGUAAUAUCCUCGUGUGUCUUCCUGGCAACCGGCUUGGCAAUCAACACGGAAACCACAUUCAACAACCUGUACUUUAUUUAUGGAUGAUCUGUUUUGGCUUCUCCUCUCUUCAAUAACAGUAUGUUACCAGGAUUCUAUUAUUGAUUCAAAUUUAUUUUAAAAAAGCGCUUUUAUUAAACAGGCUCGUCACAAAGUGCUUUAUAGAGUGGCAGAGGGCAAUAAAUGCAGAAUAAAACAGAACAAAGAAGAAAGGACAAAGGUCAUUUGAUUGUCGCUAUACUACUUUUGAACCAGGUGGUUGCUGAACCAUUCCUUUUUUUGUUUGGGACUGGACUGGAUUGUUAUGAAGAGGACACGUGUUUUCUGUCGUAUGCCGGUGAUCAUUCGAAUCAAAAACUACACGGACAAAUGGCCACCUCAAUUUUCACCUCAAGACUCAACACAAAUUCUGAAGUGGAACCUCGGUAAUAACAGACAACAUAAACUAACUUUGAAAAGGAAAUAGACACCGCCUGCUGAUAGUUACGUAAUAGAAACUGUAAAACAAGAUGGCCGACAAAUUUCUGAUCAGCGACAAAAACUGUGAAAUAGCAGAAUGCCCACCCCAGCCUUUGGUUUCUCUUUUCUAGCCUAACUCUGCAGGCGAUGGAAGGAAUCGGGCAGAAGCGUGCAUUUCAGGUCUGAACUGUGGUGGCAUACUGUUUGUAUAUAUUCUAUACAUGUAUUUAAAAGUGUUUAAAUGGCUUAAGCAAUGAAGUGGGUCUGAUAUCUGAAAGUAAGGCAGUGCAAUGAGUGAAUGGACGUCUUGCUCUGGAGGGUGAAAUGGUUCAGUAGUCCAGAUUCAGUCAGUUUCAUCUCUUUUCUAUCAACAUCAAUGGCAAACAGGGUGUGAAUAGUCUAAUAUGUGCUUAUAGAGUGUCUAAUGGUGUAUAUUUGUGGUGUUUACUACAGUAUCUGUGGGUUUACAUGCACACCAAGAACAUCCUGUUCUUCAGGAUAGUCAUGUGCUAUAUUCUUGAGUUGGUAAAGGGUUUUCAGAAAUCUCCAGGGUCAACUGAAUAUGCUGGUUUGAAUAUACUGCUAGUCUGAGGCUAUUUUGUGUACAUCUACCACUUGCACUCACUGCAUAGUUUCAUGAGCUCUGGCAAACUGAGAAUAUUCAGUUAAAUUCCUAUAUUCAGAAACAGCUGAUAUGCACCACAUUAUCUCCUGAGGUGCACUUUGUAGUGUCAGUUGCUCAAACAUUUCUUGGAGGCAGAACGGCUCUAGAAAUAAUCUCAUGAAAAUAGUCUCAUUAGAAGUAAACAUACUGUAAGUGGGUGCAGCCAAAGUGCCAAAAAUUCCUGACCAAUACUGGAUUUUUGAGGCAGAUAUUGACAUUAAAGAGUAAAAAAAAAAAAUCUGUUUUAUUUACAAAAACUAAAACAAGUAUUUCUAUUUAUAAUGCUUAAUUGCUUUUUAAAGAAUUGUGACCAAGAUAUGAACUGAACAGUUAAAAAAUAAACUUUCUAGUGCUCUCUGGUGGACAAACCAUUUAAUGGUAACACUGUUUCCAAAUGACAAACAUAUUUUUGGCAUUUCUGAACCAUUUCCUCUUCAGCUAUCAGCUAAAAUCAACCGAUAAUAUCGGCUUCUACAGAAGCAAAGAAAGGCCAUAAUAAUGAGAUGUUUUUAAAUAAGCAACUGUAUACCUAAUAAUGAAAUUUAACUACUACUGCAUACUUAAUGUUGAAAUUUAAAUAGGUCCAGAGGUUUCAGGUCACUCAUCUGAACUUUUCUUUCUUGAAUUCUGUGACUGACAGGAUAGGCCAGCUGUAACUAAGCUGAUAGGCCAGCUGUAACUAAGCUGAUAGGCCAGCUAGGUCUGAUCGAUUCCUUCAGGCUUGACUGAUUAUCCUUGGCAGCUCGGAUGUUCAAGUUUGAAUUUUUCAUCUUGAAUUUAGAUCUCUGAUUGCAACCGAUCUCAUUUAAAUCAACCUGAUUUUUUUUAAACUGAGUUGAAUUUGAGUAGUUUUGUGAAUACUGGACGCUUGAAUCUGAAUUUGUGAACCUUUGAAAAAACUUUAAAUCAAGUUUUUGAAAUUGUACAACUUGAAAGCACCGUCUGUAAAUUUCAAAGAGGGGAAUUCAAACCACAUAAAGUCAGACAGAGGGUUUUCAAAAUAAAAUAUUUCAAUGCUAUAAAUUCAGUGGAAUUUAAAUUUAACUUUAAGUAUUCACUAGUGGUUCAAUUUCAAAAUUGGCUGUUCAGUUGCUUAUAAAAUCCAAAUUAUUAUGGCGUUUUCUUUCCUUCCAUAUCAGCCUGCCAGUAUAUUAGUCAGGCUCUAAUAGCUAGUUAUCUAGGUUAGCUAGUUAGCCUUCCUGUAGCUAUCCAUAUAUGCUAAUUUAGCCUACUGACGUCCUAAAAGCAUAAAAUACAAUCAUCAUGAAUGGGGAAAAAAGUAAGUCCUUGCCAAUUAUAUUUUUUAUUGAUAUUUCAAUCAAUAUUUGUCUUUUAUAAUCAGCUAAUGAAGCCUUGUUAUGCUAACGUACCAGGAGAGUUUUGCCUCUGAGAAAUGUUUGUGGAACUAGGCCUUCACAUGGUUAUGAGCUACAGUGUUAUUCUGAAAACUGUGUGCAUGUACACACACUCCACAUCUCUUGUAUUAGGAGAAGAGUAGAAGGUCCGAGUGCCAGUAUUAUGACUUUAGAAAAUGAACUCAAGUUAGUGAUACAUGCCUGACAUAGUCCAAAUAUGGGUUGAAUACAAAAGUGUUGCUGUGGUCAUUAAAUGUCAGAUCAUUUCAGGAACCCAGGAACCACUGGGGCUGCAUCAGGUUCAUCUUUGUUUUUUUUCCAAACAAAGUUCCUUCUUUGGACAGAUAAAUCGGAAAAGUUGCAAGAAAGCAACCACAGAAAUAGUAUUGCUUGUCAAACAAUAAGUCCUCUUUGGGUCAAAUCUUAAAAAUAUACUCUACCAGAGAUGGGUAUUUCAGUCACUUGCUGUAGAUUGUCCUCAAGAGUUUUCAAAUUGGCUAUUGCAGAAUUGUCUUAAUUUGUCUGUGGAAAUAACAAUUUAAAUCGGCUGUUAAGGAUUGAACCUGUGACACUGUGGCUACAGUACAGUCUAUGUUUAUACAAUAUGAUUAGGCUAUAUAUUUAACUAUUCUGAUCUGACUAUUAUCCAGUGAUUUAUGAUGACUAUCUAAUGUGCCAAAUAUGAGGCUCAUAUUUGCAUGUGGAUGGUUAAAUGGUGCUCAGUAAGACAGUUUUCACACACAGGUAACUUAUACAAAGUUUUGGACAGGGAAAUUGUGUGUUUUGCUGCUCUAAUGUUGUCACCGUGGUGAGUUCGUGUAUGUGUUUAUCGAGAUCAUACAGCUUGCUGGCAAGCUCUGAUUAGGUUGCGUUAAUUUAAAACACUGAAUCAGAAAAAAAAUGUGAUCAGGCUACUUAAGUUCUUAUCAAUAAUAUAAACCAUUUUUGAUUUCGACUUUUUGCCCCCCGGUUGUAAGAUACAGAGAAGCUUAGAACGGCCAAAAUCAUUUGGCGCUUUAUGAUCACAGAGUUAAAAGCUCUGCAGGGUCCGGAGAAUUCCACAAAAACAAAAGUACGUUACGUGAUGCAUUAAAUUGUGUUUUAUUUAGCCACACUAGCGGCACUAAUUUAUCACUUCUCCAGUGAAAUGGCUCAACUGUUAGAUGGAUUGCCAUGAAAUCUGGUACACACAGUCAUGUCCCUUCGUAGAUCCUUUGUCUUUUCCUCUAGCACCAUCAUCUGGACAAAAAUUUUAUUUGUCAAAUACUUUGGUUUACAAGCAAACUAAUGACAUUCCCAUCACACUCAGCUGUACUUUGUAUUUAGUGCCAAUUAGCAAAUGUUAGCAUGCUAACACACUAAACUAAGAUGGUGAACAUGGUAAACUUUAUAUCUGCUAAAACAUCAGCAUGUUAACAUUGUCAUUGUGAGCAUGUUAGCAUUAGCAUUUAACUCAUAGCACUGCCCAAGUACAGCCUUAAUAGAGCCACUAGUGUGGCUGUAGACUCUUAGUAUUGUUAAUAUUAUAAAAUAUUAAAAAAAAAAAAUUUGUUUGUCAUCUUACAACUACAAAAUAACUUUCACAAAUAUGUGAAUAAGGCAGUUCUGCUUGUCAUGAAAAUUGAAAUCUAAUGUUGUGCUUCCAAGCUCGUGAACUGCUAAUGGUUGUUCAUAGAGGCACGUUACAGUGGCACACUGACACACAGUGUGACGGAGCAGCUCCAGAAGAGCAGAGGAGACCAACUUCUUCUGGUUCAGUGUUUUACUGUACCUUUAUGUAACGACAUGCCUUUUAAAAUAAGGUAUUUGCUCUCAAAACUUGUUGUGCGCUGACCAGUCUGUCCCCGUAUAUACGUCACACCCACUCAAAUGUCAAAGUCCCGCUGGCUAAAGUGUGUUUGAGCAGAAGCACAGCUCCUGACCUUGACCUCUGACCUACAGGAAAUGAUUUGUAUUCGAUUUUCAGUGACUCAUGGGAGCAAAGUUUUUUUGUACUGCUUAACUCAACAACUGUUAUGUUCAGGAAUAUGAGAAAAUUUAACCAACUGACAAAGGUCAUUUUUCUUGUUUGUAAAUGUGUGCUGCUCUGUGUCUCGCUCAUGCCCUGGAUAUAUGGUUAAAUAUGUCAUAUUGUGCUAUAGGGCAACUGAACACCCACAACAACUGUUUGAAUGAUGGAUUAAUUAGAUAUCAUGAUGGAUUAGACAAACUCACAGUAUAAGGUCGAUGUUUUCAUGUAAUCAUUUUUUUUAAAGACACCAAGUAUUUGUUCAAAACUUGCAGUAUAUUUACAUUGUAGUCCUAUUGGACAGGAACAAGGGUCUUCGAGGUAGAGAAUAUUUUUUAAAGGAAUGAAGAUCAGCCAGAAGCAACUCACUUGAGUAUUUUUAUUUCCUAAGUAUUUUUUUAUCACAGUUUCAUCUCUACGUCAAACAAACGUGAGUUGUACGAUGGCUGUUCUAUCACCAAAUCGAGUCCGGGUCACUUUGUGUUUAACAUCUAAACACAGUAAGUGAUCACUUUGCCUUGUUAUGGCUUGUUCUUAUUAGUUAACAUGCUGCUUUUGCCUUUACAAAGCCUUCAGAUGUGUGCUAGCUAGUUGUACAGUAGUUGACUAUCACAAAUGUUACCAAUCAUGUCUGCCCAUCACUCAUGCCUGCAUUAAAAAAAACUAAAUUAGUGUGCCGUUACCAGUGUUUAAAGAGCGUUUGCCUAGUGAGUACAGUACAGACAAACUGCCAUGUUGGAAGACGGACAGAUUGUAGCGCCACAGCAUUUAACUACUGUUACAGAUUGUAGACAGAUUGAUGCCUUUCUCCAGACACUUUCCCAGUGUUUUGUCAUUAUUGCUCAUAUUUGAAAUAGUUAUCAAACUCACCUCUUUCCCCUGCUUCACAUUCGGGGAGCUGACCUUCAAAAACCAUUACCCCCACUGGUGGCCUCUGAGCAGCUCUGCUGGAGCAGGUGAGAGGGUUUAGUGCCUUGCUUAAGGGUUAAGAGUAAUGGGAGUUAAGAGUGGGGAGAGCACGGCCACCUUUCACCAGGUGGGCCAGGAGAAAGUCCACAGGCCACCUUUAAGUAACCUUUGACACUUCAUCACUUGUGAAUGAGAUGAAAACUGAUUUAUUGAGGAAGGUUUUAGUGCGUGCAGACUCAACAACGAUAAAUCACUGUAUCCGAGGCUGGUACAGAUCCUGACUGUGUGACGGCCUCUUAGCCUGCCCAAGCGUACAAAGUCCCAUACAGCGAAGCUCUCGGCUUUCCGGUUGCCUUGGGUCGGUGAGCCUCCGGGUCUGAACUUCACCGAGGUGCUUGGACCCCACAAUACUUGCUUGCAAGUUUAGUUUGACCGUGACUUUUGGCCUUUUUGAUGCGAUGACCAUUUACGAUGGGUCAGGGGGAAAACUACCUGAACAACUGGCAGAUUCUGUCCUUUAACCAUUGGCAACCAAUCUUUAAACACUGUACAGCCGAGCCGAUAGAACUAGUAGAACACACGCCUGUUACAUUGAUCAAGUAUGAGCUUGUGCUCACGUAAUGUGUUCCACAGCAACUUUUAAUCAACUGGGGGUGAAAAAAUGGGACAAGGUUUAAAAAUGCAAACGAAAGCACUACAGGAAACGUGGUUUUUAAAAUAGUUUUUUUGUUGGAAUUUUGCAUCCGCUUUGUUCUAUUAUACUCCAUUACCCACAUUUCAUGGCAUUUUGGAGCAACUUCAGUCCCUUUUAUUUUAAUAAUAUUAACCCUCGGCUUGACUUCUUCAAAUACAAUGAUGAAGUUAGAGAGACGUUUCAUGAGGUAGAUGAAUAACCGUGGGCGGAGCGGUGCCAAACAGUGUGAACAGGACAAUCUGACAGUGUGUAAGCUGACCUUUGAGUGUAUCUUGGGUCUGAAAGGGAUUUCCUUCUCUGCCUGGUUCUGUUCUUUAGUUGAUGGCGCCAUGUUUGUCUGAACCAAUACCUGUCUGUCAGCAUUAAUAAAUAAACAUAAAAUAUGUUGAGCAACAAA